AUGAGUACGCUUCGUUCCAAACUCGGCGCUCGUCUUUCCGCGCUGAUCCUGGCCCCGCCCCUUCACCGUGACAUCACAGAGGGCUCUGCAGCGGGCCCCGCCCCCUUCGCGCACGCCCCCGCGCUCCCAUUGGCCCGGAGCCCCCACGCCGCGCUCCCAUUGGCCGAGAGCCCGCGCCUGCUGCUGGACCUGGUGCAGGGGCGGGGCCGCAUGUGGAGGCGGGGCCGGAAGUGGGCGGUGGGCGGAGGAAGAGGAUGUUUCGGGAUGAAGAUGGACCGAAUCGGCUCCGUCAGCGGCUUAGGCUGUUAG